GUCCACACAGACCGCAAAUUUCAGAUAUGGCUUGCUUGCUCCUUCGCGGCUCGGCAUUUGGCAAUAUAAUACACCAUAGAUGUAGUACGAGUGGGGGAAAGCGAUUCUAUGUCUUCAAAUGCUCCCCUCGCUCGCCCACUCGUGUACUCAUGGAUCGCGACCACCGAGACCAAGGCGCGUCGACACCAAUCUCGCCUUGCUCGGAUGACCCUGAGGUCGUUCGACAGGAUGACCCGGGGAUGCAGGUCGUCCCAGACACGGGCCAGACCCCCGAGGUGAUAGUCGGUAGCGACUCAUCUCCUACCUAUGUCGACGGCCCACACUAUGUACAAGCCUCGAGCAUCGAAUCCGACAGCAAAACAAACUAUGGGCAGCGCGAACGAGUCCGAAUAUGCGGGCUCACACCGAGGAUAUUUUGGGUCUUAGCCAUCGUCGCCACUUUAAUCAUUGGCGCAGGGGUGGGAGGCGGCAUCGCCGGCGGGCUGUCGAGAACCCACGCGUCAUCCUCGACCUCGACCUCGACAUCGACCUCCUCUUCACCCAACGGCACAGCAGCUAGCGGUGCAACUUUCGUGACCUCUGCCGUAUUAGUCGCUUCCUCAACGCCGACCGCGACGGACUCCAUCGUGGGCACCAAAACCGCCAUCUACGGACCCUCCGGCACAGUCCUCUACCGCGACUGCCCCGCAAACUCGAAUGCGGUGUACACGAGCGACGCGAUGCAAUCAUGGGUGUGGCGCAAGUACUGCGACAAUACGACGUUUGUCAGCGCCAAGCCGGGUCAGCAGUGGAUCAACGCGUUUUCGAACGACCUGGACGGCUGCAUCGACAUGUGUGUUGAGAGCAACAUCGAGAGGGGCAGCGAGAUCGCGGCGGGUUACGAGGACCCAUGUAACGCUGUGUGUUGGCGGAAUGGAUUUGAGAACGAUGACCAUCCUGGCCAGUGCUUCGGGUUCACCACGGUGAAUGUGACGGAUAAGGGAGGCUUUCAGUUUCAGGACGACUGGAGGUGUGACUCGGCGGGUUUGAUCAGUCAGAACUAUAUUCCAGGAAGAGGCGGGUUUUAGACUUAUCAGAGUAAGACCUCAUGCAAGUAAAUACUUGACCAAGCCUUUGUAGCUUUUAUGCACGGCAGGUCGAGAGGCGAGCAUCAAGAGCGGUUGGAUAGACUUGAGCAUAAUGCAUAAAUGUGUCAGUUCAAAUAA